CAGUCGAUUUAUUUACAAAACACAAUCCGUGUAUUUUCCACCAGUUUCUGUGUGCCGGCAAAGAAGCAAAACCCCUCGGAAAAUAAUUGUCCCGCACGAUGGGUUUGCUAACGAACCCAUCGAUUUCGCAAAAGGCGAAAUAUUGUCGCAAGCUGGUGCGUUACAAUACGGCCAUCUGCCUAACGCUGUAUCUGUUGGGCGUUGGCUUUUUCUGUGCCCUGCCGGAUGUAAACUUCAACUCGGGCACCUACUUUUCGGAGAAUGCACUGCUGCCGGGGUUGGUGAAUUCCGAGCUGGAAAUGGAAACGGUAAAUCUGGUCAAAUCGUUGUCCGCCGAGCUGCAGCGGGAGCGGGAGAGCUAUCCGAAGGCGUUGCCCUACCCUUGGCUGCUGGCCAAGAUGCGACGGUUCGGGCUCGAAACACACACGCACAACUUUACGCUCAAUUAUCCGUUCGGUGGCGGCAAGCGCUUCAAAGGAGAGAAUGUGUUUGGCAUACUUCGCGCACCACGGAUUGCAUCGACCGAAUCGAUCGUGAUAAGCGUCCCGUACCGACCACCGGAAACCGUCCACACGGACGUAUCGGCCGGUGUGCCGCUGAUGUUGGCCUUUGCCGAUUUUGCCCGCAAGAAGAAAUACUGGGCGAAGGAUAUUAUUUUCCUCGUUACGGAGCAGGAACAGCUGGGAAUGCAGGCGUGGUUGGAAGCGUACCAUGGUGGGGAGGAGGGUCGCAUCCUCGAUUCGGGCAUGCUGCGAGCAAGGGCCGGAUCCAUCCAGGCCGCCAUCAAUCUGGAGGUGCAAAGCUUAGACAUCAGUCAUAUAAAUCUAAAAAUUGAAGGUCUGAAUGGACAGCUCCCGAACCUGGACCUGCACAAUCUGGUGCAGAAACUGUCCUCGAAGAAUGGUAUCAUCGCCGGGUACAAGCAGGCAUCGUCCAGCCCGAAACGAUCCUUCCGCUAUCAGGACAAGCUUUUAAACCUUCUGUCGAUGGUUUUCUCCCAAGCGAGCGGUGUACCGACGGGCAAUCAUGGACUUUUCCACAAGUACGGCAUCGAAGCGCUAACGCUGGAAGCUGUGAAGCGGGAAAAGGCACAGCAACAGUUCCAGGAGAUCGGUUCGAUGCUACGCAUCAUCGAGGGCAUUAGCCGUAGCCUGAACAAUCUGCUGGAGCGAUUCCAUCAGAGCUUUUUCUUCUACCUGCUCGUAUCGAACGAUCGGUUCGUUUCGAUCGGAGAUUAUAUACCCAGCCUGGCGCUUAUGGCUGGCGCUCUGCUGAUCAAAGCGUUCAUUCACUAUCUGGCGAUGUACUACUCCGGUGACGAGAGUGACGUGGACGAACAGGAGAAAGCGGAACCGAAACAGAAAACCCCGACGGAAAUUGGAUACUUUUCCGUUGGCAUUGUACUGCUGGUGGCGCAUUCGAUCGGAGCGUUGGCUUUCUUCCUGCCGCACAGCAAACCGAUCAGUCAGUAUCUGUACGAGGCUAAUCUUUCCACACAGUUCGGAUUGUUCAGUCUGUUUGUGGCUGUGCUGGUGAUUGCCUUUACGCUGCCAGUGUUUUGCGGUUUGAGCGGCAUCAACGGAGAAGCUCUACAUGUGGCCGUUUUGCUCGAGCUGGGAACGGUCCUGUUGGCGGUGGGAAUGUUAAACUUUUCCCUCGGCUUUAGCCUUUCCGUUUUCCUGGUGCCGUUUAUAAUUUUAAUUCGACCGGGAGUAUCACGAGCCUCAAAGCUCUUCUCAAGACUGUCCUGUUUGCUGAUAAAUCCCUUGGUGGUACUAUACUGCGUGCUGGCUGGACUUACGUACCACCUAUUUCCGGAGCUAGCCUUUAAGCCACUGCUAAACAAAGCGCUCACCGCUACACAGGAUGCACUCACUUACUCCGUCGUGGAUUCAAUGAUUUACGGGAACUGGCUGUUCGAUAUGGUAUCGCUUGUUUUUGUCCCGUGCUGGAUACUGCUGUGGGUGCUUCUUUUCCCCAAGACUGAACCAAGGAACAGCUAAGCGCCUGGCAUAACCAAAUAUAAAGUGGUGAAUGAAAAGUGAACUCAAACGUAGAAAAAAAAUCGUUGCAUUUCCGAAACAAUUUUCUUCUUAAUUAUAAGUAUUUCUUCAUUUUAAUUUAAAAAAAAAUCAAUUAUUAUUUCAAAGUAGAUAAAGGAAUCUUCUGAAGGUUAUGAUCGUAAA